CUGAGAGUGAAGAGCAAAGGGACUAGAAGGCGGGAGACGGACAGGGUUUGCUUGGGUUUGACCAGCCGGGUUUCACGGUCGCCUUGGACGACGAUAUGAAGACUCUGAACAAGUCAAUGCAGCGGAAACGACGGUGACUGUCCACUGAACAGUCACCGUUGUUACAUUGCAUGGUCUUGCUGUGCGGGCAAUACAAUGUAAAGUUGUGUUGUUUGUUUUCGGGCUGGUUUGCAUCUCGGAAGGCUGGCGUCCGAGGAUUCAGGAACACAUAUUAACCUAAGAAGUUACUCGGCAGCCAGCCAGCAAUGGAAAUGAAUGAUGUCCACGCCGUAGAAUGGAUGUUUGGAAUUAUGCGAGGCUGCAUACCCCGGAAGUAUGCGGGAAAAAGCGUACAACGGAGUCCAAUGGUCCAAAGUGUCGCAAAGAAUUCUGUUAUAUCUAUCACUCUGGUGUAAGUCAGAGUAUAUAGAGAGCCAAUUCUGCUGUGAUAUGUAGAUCUAUUUAACAGAAGUAGGCCUACAACGCUGUUUGCAAUAGUGGUUUAUUUUGCGGAUUUGGUUCCUUUUUUAAUCAGCUGACUAAACUCACAUGUAUACAUGACACCGUGUACAGUCAUAAUGCUGGGACCACAACAAAAACUGGGAUAAUCUUAUUUAAGCAUUUGGAAAAACCUCGUCCUGUUCUUUAGUAAGUAACAUAUAACGCAUGACGUUGCUAUAAUGGCAAUGGCAUUAAACGGGCAGUAACUUUACACACACCAGACCAGUGUUUACUUGAACGUCCUGAUUUUACGCCGACGAGGUGUGAAGCUUGUAGCCUACAUCUCCUGUAUUCAAUCAAUCGAGGAAUUUUGAAUUGUGCAUCAUGACUCCGGAGGGGAAAGCUCUGUCAAACAUAGUGAUCCUGGGCUUCGGCUUUAUGCUCAUGUUCACUGCCUUCCAAACAUGUGGAAACAUAGAGCAAACUGUUAUCAAGAGUUUGAACAACUUCACCGCGAGUGGAUAUACAAGCAUGUCCAUCAUCUACGGUGUCUUCUCGGCCUCCAACCUGGUGGCUCCGUCGGUGGUGGCCGUGGUCGGCCCUCAGCUCUCCAUGUUCUUCGGCGGGCUGCUGUACAGUGCGUACAUCGCCAUGUUCAUCCAGCCCCGAGUCUGGAGCUUCUACACAGCCUCUGUGUUGGUCGGCUUCGGAGCCGCAGUGCUGUGGACCGCCGAGGGGAACGUGCUGGCAAUAAACUCCACUGACACCACGAUCGGGCGCAACAGCGGACUUUUCUGGGCUCUGCAGCAGUUCAGCUUGCUUUUUGGGAACCUUUACAUCUACUUGGCCUGGCAAGGACACGAUCACAUUUCAGAGAAGGACCGGCAGACGGUCUUCAUCGCCCUCACCGUCAUCAGUCUGAUCGGCUGCUUCCUCUUCUUCCUCAUCCGCAAGCCGGACCCGUCUGAGCCCACUCCCUCGGAGACCUCCGAAGCCCCCCUUCAUACCGAGUCCACCAGCGCGUCCGUCUCCGGUCCUCCUAGGAGAUCUCUCUGCACUCAGGCUCUGGACGCCUUUGUGAAGGCCUGUAAGCUGUCCGUUAGCAAGGAGAUGAUGCUACUAAGUCUGCCCAUCAUGUACACAGGUCUGGAGCUGACAUUCUAUAGCGGCGUGUACGGAACCUGCAUCGGUGCCAUGACACGCUUCGGACACAACGCUAAAGGCCUGAUCGGAAUGUCAGGCCUCCUUAUCGGAGUUGGAGAGAUCCUGGGAGGGGGCGUGUUUGGCAUUCUGAACAAUAACCGCCUGGGCAGGAACCCUGUGGUGCUGCUGGGGCUGCUGAUACACUACCUGGCCUUCUACCUCAUCUUCCUCAACAUAGCCCCAGACGCCCCUCAGGCCCCGGAGGAGGGCACCGACCUGCAGGCCUACAUGACCCCCAAUGUGGGUGUGGCUCUGUUCUGCAGCUUCCUACUAGGUUUAGGAGACAGCUGCUUCAACACUCAGCUGCUUAGCAUGAUAGCCUUCCUGUACAAGGAGGACAGCGCCCCAGCCUUCGCAGUCUUCUAUUUCAUACAGUCCAUCAUGGCAGCCAUCGCCUUCUCCUACAGCAACGUGCUGCAGCUCCCCUGGCAGCUGCUGCUCCUGGUUGUCACCGGCUUCAUGGGGACGCUCUCCUUCUUUCUGGCCGAGUGGGGGGUGGUGGCCAAGCGCCGCGACUUGGACUACGACAGCAUCUGACUCAUGCCAGGAGGAGGAGCAGCAGGAGGAGAAGGAGGAGCAGGGCGUAACUGAAAAAGUUGCUAUAAAAGGAGACAUUUCAUGGUUUACUGAUAAAGUCCAACUCUGAGCUGUGGGAUUUGCUGAUUCAUCCAGACAUUCAAAAUGUCUGCUUAUUUCUUCGGAAGAAGCCUUAACUUCACUGCAGGAAGGCUACGGGUUUAUAUAUGAGACGGCACAACGUUGUGUUAGGUAACGGGUCAUUUAAACCUCAGUCAUCCAAGAUAUUCCCCUCAAUAUAUUAUGUCACUUUAUUUCAUUCUAUUCAUGUUUAUUCACAUUUUAUUGGCCAAUAAACAGCCAUGCAUACAAUAGGUGGGAAUUUGUCCCUGAUGACAAACUGAAACGCAAUAUUUCUUUACCAGAAUGCAUUGUGCAUGAGGAGCUGCUGUUUUUUUUCAGAGGAUUACUUGUCUGUUUGCUGUUCAUUUGGACAACAGAUAUUAUGGGAUGGCAUUAGGCCCUUAGUGUUUGUUUGUUUGUAAGUGACUUGGAUGUUGAGGGAAAUGAACCUUCAUGUAUCUGAAUGAUAUUUUUUACUUGAAUCUAGUACUUAAAGAAACUAUGAUUUUCUGGCUUGCUGGUUUUUAUAAUCAAAAUGUUUGGAUUAUUAUUAAGGAUGAAGUGAUGUUAUUUCUUAAAUGUCAACUCACUUUUUUAAACCUUGACAUGAAGUGGGCAUAUGUAAAAGUAAGAAUGUAAAAUAGUUCAUGAUUAAAAACUCAUGGUAUAUGAUAAGA